UUUCAGACGCGUCUUUCAUACGUGGACAAAUCGGUGCCGACAAAUAUUUCGUUUCUAAUUUUAUCGCCAAGGAUGGCGGAAAUCGAUUGGAAAUGGGCGAGCGAGAGAAGCCGCUGAAUCUGCUAGACUUCCCCUACCCCCUACUCGAUCGUAUCCUCGACAUGGUCGUGCACCCUGGUGAAGGCCAUCGAGUUAACCUAGACAACGAUAAGAAGAUCAAUUGUGGUCUCAUUCAUGUCAACCGGGAACUUUACCGCCGAUGGCGCGAUGAAGUACUCUUCAGGGACAACAGCUUCGAGUUAGCCUUGACGACAAACAGCGCGCGCAACGACUUCGAUCAGUUUAAGCAUUUGCGAAGAUUCCUCAGGAAGACCUAUGAUAUUCGCACCUUCUACGUCACAACGCGGACUGCCGUUGCCGGUGAAAACGUGAACAACAAGAUGGAGUAUACUCUCAAAUUCGAUCACGAUACUUGCAGAUUCUCGCGGCUAUCGCAAUAUGGGGUGCGCUAUCCCUGUAACAUGCGUCAUUGCGUCGGUGCCACUCUUCGACCAUGGUGCUAUGACUCCACAACAGUGACUUCGCAUCUAUCAUCUACAGCACGAUCUCUUCGUCCACCGCACUACGCUACAAGAUCACCCAUCACGGCAUGCCUUUGGCUACUCGCCAGAGUAAAUUUAUGUGGUUUUGAUGGAACGCACCUCUUCGAUCGAAGUGGUAGGUUCGUUGCAUUGUGCUCAAGAUGAACAACAGGUACGCUAAUAUCGCGCCUUGGACGGAUCAUGAAGCCAGUGCUGCAUUCACUCUUCUGCCUUCUAUACACACUUAACCACUGCCAGCGCAGUCAACGAUCGUCAGUUCCUGAGCAGUUUCACGGAGCACGGCCAGAUCUCGUCGCGCCCGGCCUUGGUGCCUAGUGUUCUCCAUGGGGGUACAAGGAGGACCGCCUCUCUUCAGGUACGACUACUGUCGCCGCCUCAACCACUUGCCUCUCAACCGAUGGAAACACCAGUCGAACUCAAACCUACCUUGAACAUUUGGAAUUCGGGUCUUCCCAAAUCAAACCCCACCAUGGACAAAUUCCAUUUCGCCUUGCCCGUCGCGCUCGGCGAGUUGCAGCUUGCGUUCUAGCGUGUUCAACGCGUGAGUUUAGAACUUUGCUGAUAG